AUGGAUAAGAAGAUUCUGCCACAUCAUAAGUAUAGUUAUAUUCCAAAACAGAACAAGAAACUCAUAUAUGAGUAUUUGUUUAAGGAGGGAGUCAUAGUAGUUGAAAAAGAUGCAAAGAUUCCUCGCCACCCCCAUUUAAAUGUACCAAAUUUGCACAUAAUGAUGACACUGAAGUCUUUGAAAAGCAGAAAUUAUGUGGAGGAAAAAUAUAACUGGAAGCACCAAUAUUUUGUAUUAAACAAUGAAGGUAUUGAAUACUUGAGGGAGUUUUUACACCUACCACCAUCUAUAUUCCCUGCAACUCUGUCCAAAAAGACAGUGAAUAGAGCACCAAAGGUGGAAGAGGAAUUUUCAAGAGAGUUUAGACAGCCAAUGGGUAGAGGAAGAUCUUAUGAAAAAAGAAACUUCGACUGA